AGAUGAUAAAAUAUUAGGAGGGAAAGGUAUUAUUGUAGAAAUUGAUAAAUCAAAAUUUGAAGAUUUAUGGAUUGUUGGAAUUACUGAAAGAACUAGAAACAAGAAAUGUUAUUUUGAGGUUGUUAAAAAUUGUAAUUAUUCUACUCUUUUUAAGUUUAUAAAAGAACAUAUAAAACCAGGUUCUACACUUUAUAGUGAUUGUUGGAAAG